AUGUCUGACACACCUUCUCUUCAUAUAGCCUUAAUCGCCGAACAACGGUCGACCUUCCACAACCAAGGUUAUUCAGAAGAAGAAUGUGCGGCUUUACCACACAGCGGUGAAACCGGUAGUGUUCUGACUACCCUGCGAGAACUUGGGCAUCAUGUUACCCUAGUACCAGGAGUCCAAUCCCUCGUCAAACACCUAGCAGCUGGCACAUAUAAGGAUUGGGAUCUGGCAUUUAACAUCGCACAAGGAUUUCAUGGGUCAUCCAGAGAAGCCCAGGUUCCAGCGCUGUUAGAUGCCUACCAAUUGCUAUACACCUUUUCUGACGCUGCCACGAUGGCACUUUGUCAGAACAAGGUCCAUACUAAGGUCGUUACUUGA